AUGAAUAGCAGAGGAGGAGGUUAUGAUAUGCAUCAGAAUGGUGAUGGCGGACGUUACCGUGACGAUGGCUAUGGACGACGAGGUGGAGACCGUGGUGGAGACCGCCGAGACGAUCGACACAGAGACAGCAGAGGCUCCCGAAACAGAAGUCGCUCUAGAGAAGGCCGAGAUGAUCGCGGAUAUGGUGGCAGAGGCGGUGGAGGAGGUUAUCGUGAGGCACCAACCCGAAGAAGAAGUCGAAGUCCUCCUCGUGGUAGAAAACGCUCAGAAUCACCACCACUACGAAGAGAUCGUUCAGUCACUCCCAUACAUCUGAAAAAGAAGAAACUCAACGCUUGGGAUGUUCCUCCUCCCGGUUAUGAAGGGAUGACUGCUGCUCAAGUCAAGCAAACAGGACUGUUCCCAUUACCAGGUCAACCAGCUCGAGCUGCUGCCAUAACAGGCCCUGGCGGUAUCCUCACUAUAGCAGAUUUGCGUGGUGGAGGAACCGCUCAUAGUUUAGCUACCCUCAAAUUAGCACCCAACGUCGCUGGACCUGCUGCCGUCGCAGCACUAGCUACAAGUGCCCAACGCCAGGCUAAAAGGCUAUAUAUUGGUAAUGUGCCAGCUGGUGUCACCGAGGACCAACUCAUCCAAUUCUUUAAUGCUUCGAUGUCAGCUAUGAGUAUGAACAUUCUCCCCGGUGACCCAUGUGUCUCGUCACAGAUGAAUGUGGAAAAGAGUUACGCGUUCGUUGAGUUCAGGAGUGCACAAGAAGCAUCAGCAGCUCUGGCGUUCGAUGGUAUUCAAUUCUCAGGCCAGGCACUCAAGAUUCGAAGGCCAAAGGACUAUGCAGGUGGAGGAGCAGAGGAGGAUGGUGUUGAAUUGACUCAUAUCCCCGGUGUCAUAUCGACCAAUGUAGCCGACACGCCAAACAAAAUAUUCGUGGGAGGUCUACCUACAUAUUUGAACGAUGAACAAGUGAUUGAAUUGCUGAAAGCUUUCGGUGAACUACGUUCGUUCAAUCUGGUAAAAGAUGGAACAACCAAUGCCUCUAAAGGGUUUGCCUUUUGUGAAUAUCUAGAUAUUGGCAUCACCGACCUAGCUAUAUCCGGACUGAAUGGCAUGGAAUUAGGAGAUAAAAAACUUAUUGUGCAGCGAGCAUCAACUGGUGCUGCCAACAGAAACACUGGCAUCACUUUGAACCUAAACGCAGCAAUGGGACCAGGAGAUCCCACUCCUGUGUUACUACUCUUGAAUAUGGUUUCUCCGGAUGAGUUGAUGGAUGCCCAGGAAUAUUCAGAAAUUGUGGAAGAUAUUCGAGAUGAAUGCUCCAAGUUUGGCAACAUACUCCAAGUUAUGAUUCCUCGACCUCUACCUGGCCAACAAGUCGCAGGAGUCGGAAAAGUCUUCAUUCACUACUCAUCACCUGAACAGAGUCAAACUGCUCUCAGGUCCCUCGCUGGGCGUCGAUUUGGAGAGAGAACCGUGGUGGCUUCCUACUACCCACCUGAGAAAUUCUUUGCUGGAGACUACUAA